GAAGGGCGAGAGGAAGAGAAAUAAAACACACGCACAAACAAACAAAAGAAAAAACGAUCGAUCAAUAACUAAUUAAUAACAUCAAUGGCUAUGUCGGGAACAUACGUGACGGAUGUGCCUCUGAAAGGAUCGGCGGAGAAACACUACAAGAUGUGGAGCAGCGAGAACCACCUCAUCCCUGAGGCCAUCGGCCACCUCGUCCAAGGUAUCACCCUCCACGAAGGCGAUUGGGACUCUCACGGCGCCAUCAAGACCACGAAAUAUAAUGAAGAUGGGAAGGAGGAAGUGUUUAAGGAGAGAAUAGAAAUAGAUGACGAGAAGAUGGCGGUGACGUACACUGCGCUCGAUGGUGAAGUGAUGGAGGAGCUUAAGCUGUAUGUCGCAAACUUACAUUUCAUCCCAGAGUCCCAAAAUGGCUGCGUCUGCAAAAUUAGUGUGAAUUGGGAGAAACGCACCCAAGACUCCCAGUCCACCAAGUUCUAUAAGUUCCUCGAGGGCAUGGUUGCUGCAAUGGAUGACCACAUUUGCCAUAACUAGCAAUGAUGGAUCCAUGCAUGCUUAAUCAUAUCCUCCUUUAUUAAUUCUGUAUGUUUUUCUUUAAAAAGAAAUUGUAUUAAUCUCGAUGAUUUUACUAAUUCCUUAUCAUCAUGGUGUUGUAUUGUAUGUCCAAGUUUAUUUAUAUAUGUAUUGUUGUUCGUCUA